GUUUGGAGGAAAAUCCUUGGGAUCGUUGUGCAGAUAGAGUGAAUUGAUUUUCGUUCUGGAGAGUGUAGUAAAAUGACGGCUCAUGAUCAAAUAAGGGCGAUGUUAGAUCAGUUGAUGGGAACUGGUCGAAAUGGGGAAAACAACAGGUUCCAAGUGAAGUUUUCAGACCCCAAGGUGUGCAAAAGCUUCCUGCUCAGCUGCUGUCCACAUGAGAUUCUAUCAUCUACGCGGAUGGAUCUGGGAGAAUGCCCAAAAAUACAUGAUCUGGCACUUCGUGCUGACUAUGAAAAGGCCAGCAAAACAAAGGACUACUUCUAUGAUAUUGAUGCAAUGGAGCAUCUGCAGACAUUCAUUGCAGACUGUGAUCGUCGAACAGAGCUAGCAAAGCAGCGUUUGGCAGAAACACAGGAAGAAUUGUCAGCAGAAGUGGCUGCAAAAGCUAAUAAGGUUCAUGAGCUUGCGGAGCAAAUUGGCAAGAAGUUAGCACGUGCAGAACAGUUGGGUGCAGAAGGUCUUGUUGAAGACAGUAUGAAGUUGAUGGAGGAGAUUGAAGACCUGAGAAAGAAGAAAAGUGCUGCUGAGAGCGAAUAUCGCAAUUCGAUGCCUGCUAGUAGUUACCAGCAACAGAAACUCAGAGUUUGUGAAGUAUGUUCAGCUUAUCUUGGAAUACAUGAUAACGAUCGCAGAUUGGCAGAUCAUUUUGGUGGAAAGUUGCACCUUGGUUUCAUUAAAAUUCGCGAGAAGCUUGCUGAAUUAGAGAAAACUGUAGAAGGACGGAAACUGCAGAUGCGCCAGUCAUUGAAGGACAGAGAUCGUGACCGUGAGAGCCGUGAGCGUGAAAGGCUCCGUGAAAGAGAUCGUGAAAGGGAACGAGAACGGGAGCGUGGUCUCAGUGGUGGCUCAAGUAGGCACAGCCGUGACAGGGAAAGAGAGCGGGAGAGAGACAGAGACAGAGAAAGAGACCGGGAUCGAGACCGUGAGCGUCGUCACAGACACGGCAGCCGUUCUCGCAGUCGGGGAGAUAAACGUUCACGCUCACGCUCAAAGUCGCACAGCUCCAGAUCACAUCGGUCACGUAGCAGCAGUCGAUCUAGACGUUCACACCGUUCCCGCUCUGGUGACAGGAAGGAUAGAUCACGUUCCCGUGACAGGAAAAGGGAAAAUUAUGAACAUUCUUGACAGUUCCAGCACUAAUUUUGGAGGACUAUAGCUUUCUUAAUUUCAGUUGUAUUUUAAAGACACCAUAUACCAGUUGUUAAUAAUAUUCGUACAUUUUUGUUACUGUUCAAAAUAAAUUAGUGUGCUAGUA